GAUGACGUCACCAAAGAAGCUGAAGGUUGAGGUGGAAGGCUUCAUCCAUGAGGUCUCUGAUGUGAAAGAAGGGGCCUCCAGGAAAAAAUACUUCACUGCAGUAAUGCAAGAGGCAAAAAAGCACACCAAAAUGGUGAUAUUCUCACCACAGCGCCAUAAUUGGUUCAACUGUGCAGAAAAAGACGAAAGUCCAGUAAAAGUUGAAAAUAUAAUUCUGAGUCCCUCACGCCAAAAACAAGGAGACCAUGAUAUUUUGGUCAACGAUAAAUCAAGGCUGACUUGCGUGAGAGACCUGGCCUUCGUUUUUGACAAGAAGCCAUAUUCUGAUGUGCACUUAAGAACAUUGAGCGACAUCCUGGCUGAUCCUAGGGAGCAUCAAAGAGUAAAUGUGGUGGUGAAGAUAAUGGAGGAGAGGGAGAAAGGCAGCAGCGUUACAAGGUCAAACAAAAUGAUGAACAGGACGUCGUAUGCCAUCUCUGAUAAGACGGCUUCAAUUUUGAUAACCAUUUGGGGUGAUGACACCCUGAGAAUCGACAAGUGCAGACCUGCCAACCUGUAUGCAUUUUGCGUAGCGGUUACGCAUUUUGAACUCAAAUUACGCUGAUACGAUUUGUCACUCUAAAACUACGCAUAACCUGGUGACCCGCCUCUUUUCACGCGCAGUCCUCAAAUCAAGCAACAGCAAAUGAAUAAGAGUUUGACCAAUCAUAGCGCUGGGUUCAUUUCUCAAACUAGCAAGCGGGGAUGAUUGACAGAUACGUAAGUCAAUAAAGAAUCCCGCUCAAUCCCGCUUCCACUCCCGCGGCCUGCCGUCUGACUGAUUUGAGCGAGGACAGUAGGCUACAGUCACGGUACUUUUGACUCCUAAAGGUAAACCGGCUGGGGUGGAUGUGGAAAGUUGGAAUAUUGUAUUGAGUUGAUCUGGAUUCGAUUAUCACACGGGAGUGAUCGCAUGGAUUAUAUAUCUCACUCAAAAUACUCCGGUAUUCAUGGUCACUCAGAAAAGAGGAAAACAUAAUUUAGCCAUGCAAAUUAUAAAAUACUUAAGUAAAGCUGAAGAAUAAAUCUUAAUAAAAUGAGUCAUUAUGGUUUAUUGAUUAUGAAAGUUCUGUGAUUUGUGGAUGACUGAUAAGCGUGAGUCUGGAGAAACAGGCGUACAUUUACUCAUUCUCAUGAUUGAAAUACGUAGCUUGCAUGUGUUACAUUAUUGUGU